GUGUGUCUCUCUCCCCCCUCCCCCCCUCAAAUAUCCUCAACUUGUAUAAAUAAGAGGCUUCCACGUUUGUUAUUGUUACACUACAACAAGGAUCCAUUGUUUUAUAAUAGUUUAAGUUUAUCCUCUUCUUUUCAUCGUUGCUUUAUCCCCAUAGUCUCAUCGUCUAUAAAUAGCAUCAUAUACAGCAAGUCAGGAAGCCACAAAGCCAGGAAGAGCACUUAGAAGAGACCAGAGUCCGCAUUUACAUAGCAGCAAUUAAAGUACCAAAUUAGCAAUUUCAAUGGAGAUCACCCCCAAGUCAUCAUCGUCCGCCCUGGGAAGAUUGUGCCGUAAACUGUCUCCAAGAAAGACAAAGGCAGGUCAUCAUGAUGUAGAGGGCCCAAUUGAGAACCCAACAACAAGCAGCAGCAUCAGCAGCAACAGCGACCUCCAGAUGUGGAAGGUGUUUGAUUUCUUCGACGAGAACGGAGAUGGUAAGAUUUCCCCAGCAGAGCUGCAGACUUGUGUGAGGAGUGUUGGGGGAGAGCUGUCUGAGGAGGAAGCGGAGGCCGCCGUGGAGGCUUCGGAUUUGGAUGGAGAUGGGCUGCUGGGGUUUGAAGAAUUCCAGAAGUUGAUGGAAGCCACAAACGAGGACAACAACAAUCAGCAGCUCAGAGAUGCCUUUGGGAUGUAUGAAAUGGAAGGCUCUGGCUGCAUAACCCCAGCCAGCUUGAAGAGGAUGCUCAGCCGCCUCGGCGACUCUCGCUCCAUCGAUGACUGCAAGGCCAUGAUUCGAGCGUUCGACCUUAAUGGAGAUGGGGCUCUCAGCUUUAAUGAGUUCACAAUCAUGAUGCGUUAAAUUAAUUUAAUUCCAUUCAUUCCUUUGUGUGUGUAUAUACAUCAUUUAUAUAAUAACUUUGUAACUCAGA